AUGACAGUGUUUAAUUGUUUGCUGUGCCAUCUUGAACAAGAGCCAGGCACAAUCAGUAACACCUCGCUCACUUCUCUUUUCCAGUUCGUCACUCUUGCAACCCUGCUUAAAAACAACAUCAUCCUUGUGGAGCCUUCCUUGAGUCCAACUUCAAACCCACCUCAAUAUGCAUGGUCCCUCCUCAAGGAUGUCAUCUGGAGUGGAGGGAUCACUGUCGAUGCCUGUGCAUUGCAAAAACCAUCCAUCUCUACUAUCAAAGUAAGCUGCACUCUCACUUUGAGUCGUUAUUUUUCUUGUGGAAUCGAUUACCACCACAAUUACAGUGUGUUUAAAGGAGAGUGCACCUAUUACGAGCAUCAACCAGAUAGUGUUCAGGCUGCGGAUAGUGUGUUCAUUGAGAAGAGUGUAAUCGAGCUCUUUAGGACUGCAAUGGAUUUCUCGUGGACUUCAGCUAUGAACUGCGCAAAGUUGUAUAACCUUUGCCUCUCGCGUGGUAAGCAGGCACCUGCGGACUAUAAAGUCAAGUUUGCACUCUCUGUUGAGCAUGUUUGGGACGGCUAUGUAAUCACUUCACUGCUGGAGGACUGCAAGUGUCACAUGAGCACCCUCAUUACUCCCCACACUGGUGAACAGCAGGACCAAUUCACAGAGGCCAUGAUCGCAAGGAACCGCCGCAUUCAGCUCUAUGGCUAUGAGCAGGUCCGUCGCCACUACUGCAAUAGAUGCACAAGCAUGUAUGAAGAUGAGCAAGGUGUCGUGUCUGUUGUCGACGGUGUCACUGUCGGCCAUCCAUGCUGUGCAGUUUAUAACUGCCACAUCCCACUGUCUAACAACCACCAUCACUUUUGUCCUCUACACUCUGGUCAAAAUGACAAGUGCGUGAUCAUUGGCUGUGACCUGCCUGUUAUAUGUGGCCAACACACUUGCUCAAUACCAGAACAUCAUCAAAUUGAGGAUACUCACGAGCUGCGUGGUCAAUCCAGAUUCCAGCUUCAGGAGUGCCUCACUCGUGCCAGAACUACCAUUGCCACCAACACAUCUCUCACAGGUGAUCCACCGGACGAAGAAGAGUAUGAGUUCGAUGAGAACACCAGGAGAGCACUUCCCGCUACCAGUUCAUCCCAGGAUAGACCUGGAAGGAAGAAGUUCAAGGCAGUCUUUGGCCGCCGGCGCACACACAAUGAGCAGUUAGUUGUUGCUCUGUGCGGUAUGAUUGUUGCUCGAAGGACCUUCUUUGGAGCGGAGGGAGUAGCCAGCAUCAAGCAAUUCAUCAAAGAAGUCUAUGCAGGCGAAGAUGCUGUCAAGCCCAACCACAUAUUCUUUGACAACAACUGCACCCUUGCAAAAAUGGUGAUGGGCAACCCUUUCUUUGACAACAUUGGCUUGUCCGUCGACAUUUUUCAUUUCAAAUGCAAGCAUUCACAGACCAACACAUUCUGCCAGGAGAAUUGCAACCCAGAAGCAUUCCCUGAGCUCCAUAGCAAUGAUGGGAAGGGUUGGCGGUUCAAUUCCUCUGUGGCAGAACAAACAAACAAUUGGUUCGGCAAGUAUCACCCCAUCGCUCAUGAAAUGGUAGCUCACAAAUUCAACUUCUUUUGUGAUGAGUUGAUCUUACAGAGGAAUUGUCGGACACAGGAGAAGCUGGGCAAGGAUGGACACCACCCACGCAUAUGGCCAUGUCAGCAAGUGUUUGAAUAG